GACAGGGCCGUGGGGCUGAGGCACGGGAUGAGGAUCACCAAGUGCCAGCUGGUGGCUGCCAGCCUCUGUGUCAUGCUGCUGGGGCUGUCCAUUGCUACACUGAGCACAGUCACCCGCUAUGGGCUUCACUUCUCCAUCAUCAGCAACAUCGCCCCCGAGAGCAGCUCCUACCGGGACAUCCACCACGCAGCUUUCUACGUCGGCGUCUUCCUCAGCAUGACCCUGAUCCUCGCAGCCCUGCUGAGCGCGGUCGCCACGGUGCGAGAGUCGCGGUGCCUCACGGCAACGGCAUUUUUCUGCUUUGCUCUGGCCUUCUGUGGGAUGAUACCAGCUCUCUGCUGGAGAUACAUGCACAGCACAGAGGUGGAGGACAGUAUGCUGGAUGUAUACGACCUCGUGUAUGAGGAGGUGAGGAGGAAUGGCUCUAGCUCCAAGAGGCACGAGCUGACUCUCAUCCAUGAAAUAUUCCUGUGCUGUGGGAAGCACUCCCCUCUUGGAGACACAGCUGCUGUCGAGCACAAGAUGUGCCAUCCUGGCACAGAGCAGACUGCUGGACGGGAUUGCCUACAAGAGAUGCAUGGCUUUCUGAAGAAGCACAUGGGCUUUGUCUCCACACUCCUGGGCAUCACCAUCGGCUUCACGGUUUAUGGGAUGGUUCUGACUUCUUUCAACUGGUUCUCCAUCCACUUCAGCGACAACUUGGAUCGGAAAGGCAAAUACACCUUGCAAGGAAGGUAGAAGCCUGUCUCCCAGGCUUCCCUACCAGGCAGACCCAGCUCUCAGUGUAGGUUGAUGCCUGGAGUCCUCCACCAAACCUCUGGAAAGGUGUUGUAUUUCUCACCUGUGUGCAUUUCCAAGCUGCACCAUCUGGGUGGAACUCUGCAGAACAGCAGUCCUCAAUCUUCACUGAGAAUGGAUGAGGACUGAGAUGCACCUGGGCUUGGAGAUGCAGGUUUCCUCCUUGAGAGAAGGAUGGUGUGUAGCACAAGGAGAAUACACGCAGCCCCCUAGGACUUAACCAGAAGAAUGCCCAUCCAAAAUCAUAGCAUUAAACCAAACUUCUGAGCUGUCACAUGAGAAGUUUCCUGUGACCCCAAAAGAUGUGACUUCCCUAAGGGCAAGAGCUUCAGACUGCAGCAUGGGACAGAUCUUGGUAAAUAUGUGCACACUGGGUGUGGUAUUGAAAAACAGGGAGCUUUGCUCUCCUACCUGGGACAGUGUUCAUUGUUGCCUCCUGGGUUUCAGCUUUUAGACCACCCCGGAGUAUGUCAGCACCCAGCCACCACUACUGGUUGUUUUUUUUUUUUUCUCUAUCAAACUGUUGCUGGAAUUCUUUGUAUAAAUUAAGAAAGAAAAAAAAAUCAGAAAGCAGUGUGUGAGUUUUGAAACAGCCCAGCAGGAUAAGGACACGUCCCUCUGCAUCUCCCUUUUUCGAGUUUUUGAAAUUCUUAGGAUUAGAUCAGCCUUCUGGAUGCUGCACUGAUUUCACAUGGACUCCUUCAACACACUGCCUCCAUUCUGUCUCUUUUUGGCUUCUCUAACCUACCAUGCUGCUGUGAAAUACAAAAGGACUUUGAUAUUGAACAUAUGGGGCUUGUGUUUAAAUUAAGGAGAAAUGGACUGAUCUCCAGCCACGUACGACACAAUGUCCACUUCCUCUUCUCUCCUCCUUAUCAACAAUAAGGAGGAAUUUGAAAAGCCUCAGCCAGCUGAACAUCUCAGGCGAGCUGAAAUGAUGGCUUCCUGGUGUGCUUUGCCCUCAUUGCAAGGAGGCAGAACCACUUCUAAGCUGAAAGCCAUCACAGCAAUAGAUUUAGUUCCUGCUGGAAAAUCUGCUGAGCUACAGCAAUGGAAAAUAUCUCUUAGAGCAGCUUUCACCUCCCUCCUUCAUUGUGGCUUUUACCUGUUGAGAACAGUAAGUGGCAAGUGAGAUUGUCUCAGCUUCCGGAGAUGAUCUCAUCGAGAUGAAAGAGGAAAACCCCAUGCUGAUGUUCAGGACAGUUCCAGGCCCUGCAUGU